GCAGCAGCAGCAGCAGCACCAGCAUCAGCAGCAACGGCACCAGCAGCAUCGGCAUUAGCAGCAGCAGCAGCAAGAAGAGCAGCAGCACCAGCAGCACGAGCAGCAUCAUCAUCAGCAGCAGCACCACCAGCAGCAGGAGCAGCAUCAUCAGCAGCAGUAGCAGCAGCAGAAGCAGCAGCAGGAGCAGCAGCAGUAGCAGCAGCAGAAGCAGCAGCAGGAGCAGCAGCAUUAGCAGCAGCAGCAUCAUCAGCAGCAACAGGAGCAGCAGCAUCAGCAGAAACAGCAGAAACAGCAGCAGCAUCAUCAGCACCAGCAGGAGCAGCAGCAUCAGCACCAACAGCAGCAGCAUCAUCAUCAGCAGCAGCAGCAGCAUUGGCAGCAGCAUUAGCAGCAGGAGAAGCAGCAGGAGGAGGAGCAGCAGCAAAAGCAGCAGCAUCAGCGGCAGCAACAGCAGCAGCAACAGCAGCAGCAAAAGCAGCGGCAGCAGCAGCAAACGCAGCGGCAGCAGCAGCAGCAAAAGCAGCGGCAGCAGCAGCAGCAGGAGCAGCAGCAGCAACAGCAGCAACAGCAAAAGCAGCGACAGCAACAGCAAAAGCAGCGGCAGCAGCAGCAGCAAAAGCAGCGGCAGCUGCAGCAGCGGCAGCAGCAGGAGCAGCAGCAGGAGCAGCAGCAGGAGCAGCAGCAGCAGGAGCAGCAGCAGCAGCAGCUAACCGCAUUCCGCGCCCACGCCGUUGA